AUGAGCCGCGGCAAUGAAUUAGACGAUUUGCUAUUCAAAAGAAGAGAUUAAAACUCAAAAUAGGGUGAAGAUUUGAAAUAGAUUAUAGAGAAUAUUCCUUAUCCUCAUGCAGAUAUAACUAUAACUUCUUAUAGUGAAUUCUCUGAUAACACACCAUAGAAAUAUCUCCAUAAAUUAGUUCAUACAGAAAAUACAGAAGUUCAACCUCAAAAGGUUAAACGAAAUCGAACUUAAGUAGAUGCCUAUGCUACUGAUAGUGAAGUUGAUCAAAGGGAAUUGAAAUCCUAAAAAGUAGAUUAAAAAAGAAAACCUCUUCAAUAAUAACCAAUAAACCAAUAGGAAAUUAAACCUCCUUUAGUACCUCAAUAAUAAUAAUAACAAUUAUAAGAUUUCUAUGCAUCAGGAGGAUCUUAUUUAGAAUCAAUGACUCCAUAACGAAUGAAUAAGAUUGUAGAUUGGUCAAAAUAACAUGUAACACCAGGGGAUGCUAAGAAUAUCUUUCCUUAAGUAAUAGCUCCUAGUAUUGAAUUUUCGAAUGAAAACUCUCUAUCUCUUUAAUUUAAAAAUGUUGAUCCUGAACCGAAGAAACCAUAAAUUCUGUCUCAUUAAAAUCAAAAUAAUUAAAAUUCUCGUUUGGAAAAUAGAGUCUGGGAGAAAUAGAAAAGAUAUAUGGAGAGUGAAAUACAAGGAAUGAAAAAGUAAUAAAGAAAAAUAGAAAACGAAAAUUUAGUAUUAGUUUAAAAAUUAGAAGAAUAAGAAGAAAUGACAAAGUUGUUAUAAGAAAAACAUAAGGAUUAUUCAUGUUUAGAAAUAUUAAGAGGUAAAUAUUUGGAAAUGGCAAAGUAGUAAAUGAAAUAACUUAAGUAAUAAUUGGAAUUGAAAGAUUAAAAAUUAAGAGACUUAAAUGAAUAAACAAAAGGAAUGAUAGAAAAUGAAAAAAGAAUGUAAGAGGCUAUAGAAUUAGAAUUAAGAGAAUUACAUGCUUAAUUAGAUAUUAAGGAUUAAAUGGUUAGAGCACUAAAAAAUCAAUAAAAUAAUGAAGAUAAUGAAAGAUAAAAGGCAUUAUAAGAAUAUGAGAAAACUAUGAGUGAUGGUAAUAAAUUUAUUGCAAAAUUGAAAAGCUAAAUUGAAACAUAAAUGAAAGCUUUAGAGGAGAAGGAAUCAAUCAUAACAUCAUAAGAUGCAUAAAUUUAAAAUUUAUAAGUCAGAUUAUUAAAAGAAACUGAAUAUAGAAAGUAAGAUGAAAAAGUAAUUAAUGAAUUUAAAUCUAAAGAAGCAUUACUUUAUUAAUAAGUGACUGGGAAUACUAUGCCAGAGGUACAUAAUAGAGCUAUAGAAGAACUUUAAGCAGAAUGUAUUAAUUAAAAGAUCUUAAUUUCUCAGCUUUAAAGUUAAUUAACAUAAUAGAUGUAAAUGCAUUAAUUAUAACAUAUUAAUUCUAAUUCUUAUAAGGAAUGUGAGUAAUGUAAAUUAUGUAAAGAUGAAUUAGCAAAUAUUAUAUAAGAAUGUUCUUUAGAAGAGGAAGCUAAAACUAUAGAUGCUAAUUAAAGUAUUGCUCAGAUUGCAAGAGAAGUUGUUACUCUAUUAUUAACUAAGUAAAGGGAAUAAAUAGAUCAUGCCUUUUUAUAAUAUGAAGAAUAAAUUAAAGAGUUAACUUAAUAAAUAGAUUAUUUUAAAGAAUAAAAUGAUGAAGUUAUGUAAGAAAAUUAAAAGAUUUCUGAUUAAAUUUAAGUGAUUUUAGAGAAGAAAGAAGAAUAAGAAUAAUAAAUAUUUGAAGAAUAUGAAAAACUUAGAUAAAUUAAUUAAAAUUUAUUGUCUGAAAAUAAAACACUUAAAUUAGAAUUGGAAUAAAUUAAAUAAUAACUUAGAAAUGAAACUUAAGUAUAUACUAAUGAAAUCAAACAAUUAAAACAUGAAAUUUAAAUUAAUAAAUAAACACUCUUAUAAUCUAAAUAAAAUGAGACUAAAUUAGUUGUUUAACAAAGUCAAUUAAAGAGUGAAGAAAAGAUGUUGAUUAAUUAAGAAAUGGAAAAUAUGAAAACACUUUUCUAAAAUUAAAUUUAAGAACUAUAUAAUAAACUUCAUAAUCAAGAUGAAUAAAUUUAAGAAUUAACUAAAGAAUUAUAUUCAAAAAAAAAAUAAAUAGAUGAAAUGUAAUAAUAAUAAACUUCAUCCAUUAAAAAGUAAAAAAAAGAAAAAGAAUAAAAAGAAACUAAAGAAUAAACUCAACUUAAAACUUAUGCUUAAUAAUUAAGUGAUCUUAAUGAUGAAAAAAGUAAACUCUUAUAGAAAAUUUAACAUCUAGAAUAAUAAUAAACUUAUUAAACAAAAAGAUUAGAUGAUGAAAAAAAUGAUAAAUUUGAAAAAUUAAAUUAAUAAAUUAAAGAAAAAGAUAAAAAAAAUAUAGAUCUCUAUAAUCAAAAUAGAACUCUUUAAUCUUUAUAAAAAGAACUUGAUGAUUAAAUUUCAUCAAUGAAGGAUGAAAUUGAAAAGUAAAAAAAAUAAAUAUAACUAAAAAAUACAGAAAUUAAAUCGUUAUUAGAAUAAAAUAAAUAGUUACAAGAUAAAAAUUAAGAAAUUAAUAAUAGAUUAAGUCUACUCUAAUAAUAAAUGAAUUAAUUUGAAAAUGAAAUUAAACAUUUUGAAUAGAGUCCUUAAAUACCAGAAAAAUUAAGAUCCUAAGCUUCUGUCAGAAGUUUUGAUAAAACUCCUCAUGCUGUCAUAGAAUUAGUUGAAGGGUUCAAUCAAUACUAAUAGGAAUUUCAUCAUUUAAAAAAAAUGUUUACUGAAAAAUUAAAGGCUUAAGAAUAAGUAAUUUAUAUAAUUUAUAUAUAUAUAGAAUUUAACAUCCUUAUAAUAAACUAAUCAGUAAAUUACUUAAUAAAAUCUUAAAUUAAUUCAAGAAAAUAAUGCAUUAAAGGACGAAAUAUCAUAAGCUAGUCAUGGAAAAAAUUAUGAUGAUAGAGGAUCAGCCUAAACUGGGGAUUCUUUAAAUAUACGCUCGUUCUUGGAUCAAGAUCAUAAAAAGACUCUCCCAUGUAAAACACCUGAAUAACAUUUUUCUAUUGUUGAAUUAGUUUAACCAGAAAUUAUGUCAAUUGAUGAUACAAUUAUGAUUUUCAAAGAGAUUUUGAGAAGGUCAGUAAAAUCAGUAGAAAUGAUUAAAAUGAUUUGUCCUUUACCUGAAAUUAAAGAAUUAUUGAUGAUCAUUUUAUAAGUAGAAGAAAAAAUGUAAUAAUAAACUUAAAUUACUGCAAAUAAAAAAUCUAAAAUCAUAAAUUCUAUUUUGGGAGCAUCAAAUAUAAAAAUGAUAGAUUAGUCUAGAAAAAAGAGUGCUUGUGGAGGAAUUAGAGUUAAACAAAGUCAUAGAAGUGAAACAGGAGUAGUUGAAUUUUAUGAAUGA